AUAAAAAAAACACUUUCCAGUAAUGCAUGACUCUUACAAAUGUUGGCUCGAAACCGAUCAACAUGGGAUAGAAUCCAUAUAUAUUUGGGCUUUGGCAGGCAGCCCAAUUAUACAAAAAGAUUAAAAUAAGCAUGUAAUCUACGGUCCAAACCUAUAAUUAAUUUUUCAAAUUGUUAUUUACAGGUCAAUUCGCGAUCAAGCUUUCUUCCUUCUUGCUUCAAAUAUAUAGGUGAAACAAUCCAAGCAAGUAGAUCCAGGGCCAAAUAGAAGUUUUUGCUUGGUUAAUUUCUCUGAUUAAUCAAAAUGGUUGUGCUUGCCUCUUCUAUAGUGACCAAGUCUGGGAAAGUGCUUGUUUCUAGGCAGUUUGUGGACAUGUCUCGUAUGAGGAUUGAAGGCCUUCUUGCAGCCUUUCCCAAGUUAAUAGGAACUGGAAAACAGCAUACAUAUGUUGAGACUGAGAAUGUGAGAUAUGUCUACCAGCCAAUAGAGGCUUUGUACUUGCUGCUCGUGACAAAUAAACAGAGCAACAUUCUUGAAGAUUUGGAGACUCUGAGACUGCUUUCCAAACUUGUGCCUGAAUACUGUAUGUCUCUUGAUGAAGAGGGCAUUUGCAAGACAGCUUUUGAGUUGAUUUUUGCAUUUGAUGAGGUCAUCUCCCUAGGACACAAGGAAAAUGUGACUGUUGCACAGGUUAAGCAGUACUGUGAGAUGGAGAGUCAUGAAGAGAAAUUGCACAAGCUGGUACUGCAGAGCAAGAUCAAUGAAACCAAGGAUGUCAUGAAACGCAAAGCUAGUGAGAUUGAUAAAAGCAAGAUUGAAAAGAAUAGAGGUGAUAAAGGAGGAUUUAUGUCUUUGCAGUCUAUGGGCUCUGGAAGAAUUGAGAGUAAAUUUAGUGAUAUGAGUAUUUCUAGCAAUGAAGGUGGUUUUGGAAGUGGUUCUGGGUUUGGAUUGACGACUGAUGACUCCUUUUCCAGCAAAUCUAAAGGUCGUCAACCAUCAUCUGCCGCUGCUCCUCCUAAGGGUCUCGGCAUGAAGCUUGGUAAAACCCAGAGGACAAGCCAGUUUUUGGAAUCACUGAAAGCAGAAGGUGAAGUUAUUCUUGAAGAAGUGCAGCCAAAGGCAGGCCAAUCCAGAACUGCUGCACCACCUCUAACUGAUCCCAUCACUUUGACUGUUGAGGAGAAACUAAGUGUGAGUCUAAGACGAGAUGGUGGAAUGAGUAACUUUGAUGUUCAAGGGCAAUUGUCACUUCAGAUUCUUAACCAAGAAGAUGGGCUAAUCCAAGUUCAGAUUGAAACUGGAGGAAAUCCAGGCAUCAUUUUCAAGACACAUCCCAACAUGAAUAAAGAAUUAUUUGCCAAUCAAAAUAUUCUAGGCUUGAGGGAUCCUAAUCGACCUUUCCCAACUGGUCAAACCGGUGAUGCUGGCGUUGGUCUUCUCAAGUGGAGAAUGCAAAGUGCUGAUGAGUCAAUGGUGCCAUUGACAAUCAACUGCUGGCCCUCUGUUUCUGGAAAUGAAACUUUUGUCAGCAUUGAAUAUGAAGCUUCAUCAAUGUUUGAUCUGAGAAAUGUUGUGAUCUCAGUACCUCUGCCAGCUCUGCGAGAGGCACCAAGUGUUAGGCAAAUUGAUGGAGAAUGGAGGUAUGACUCAAGAAAUUCCAUCCUGGAGUGGUCCAUUCUUCUCAUUGACAACUCUAACCGCAGUGGAUCAAUGGAGUUUGUUGUGCCUCCAGCAGAUUCAUCAGCAUUCUUCCCUAUUUCUGUUCGGUUCUCAGCCACUAGCACAUACAGUGACGUAAAGGUUGUCAAUGUCCUUCCUCUGAAAGGCGGACCUUCGCCAAAGUUUUCUCAGCGGACACAAUUGGUGACAGAAAAUUACCAAGUAGACUGAAUACUUCAUUCAAUUUUGUGAUUAUGGUUCUUGAUUGUACUGCACCUAGUCUUUUCUGUAAUACAUUUGAUAGUUUUGCGUUAACUUCUGCAUUGCCUUUUUUUGUAUGUACCGUGUAUGAGCUCUCUCUUUUGGUAUAAUAUACCGAAGCUUGCUGCCUAUCAUGUACCCGUUAGAAUGUUUUGAAGUUAAUUGAAAAGGAAAUGCACAAACUAGGUGUUUGGACAAUUAUUUCAAUUUUUUUUAUAUUAUUUUAAUUGUCUUUUGGAUUCAA